GUGUGUGUUGUGUGCGCGUGUGGUUAUGUAUGAAAGUUCUUAAAUAUAUAUAACACAAGUUUUUAUACUUGUUAUAUAUAUAUAUAUAUUUUGCAAAUGUGUAUAUGGGUGACAAAUGAAUAGCGCUAUUUUCUUGAUCCAGUCUUUAAUUUUGAUCAUAGAAAAUAUAUUUUUAAUUCUAAUACAUUAUAAAGUAGCAUUUGUAUCUUUUUGUCCACGAUCCACAAAAUAAUUCAUAUAAUUUUCGGAAUAAAUUAAAGUUCAUUGAAUCGACAUUUCACAUUGAUAAGCGAAUGAUUUUCGACAAAAGUUUAUAAAUAUACGAAUAAUUAUAUGUUUUUCGAAAUUGCAGUAUCGAAUCGUGCGUUUUAUUCGUAGAAACGAUAAUAAACCAGAAAAUACGAUCACCAUAGAUAGUUCUCAUUAUCAUAAUAUAUUUUAUUCACACGAUUUUUAUUUACAUAUAUAACACAUGUUUUUACUUUUUAUUUUAUCGAUAUUUUUAUUUUAGAUUAGCAUGUUACGUAAGUUUUUUAAAAAGUUUGAUGCGGAAAGAUGCUAUACGCGAUAUAAAACCGAUAUGCGAUAAUUUAUAAUUGAAUAACAAGUACAUACCAGAUCCACUUCAAUUGCGUUGCAGCUGGACCGAACAUAUAUAAUCUCCAUGGAAAUCCAUUUUUGGCGCGAAAGGAGUUCUCUCAUCACGAAACUCUGCGCAUGAAGCUGCAACGUGAUUACUCAUACCUGUUUUGACGUAUUGUAUUGCACGCGUAUAUGGAAUAGCAUUGUAAUUCGCCAAGUAAUUGUAAAAGUUGAUGAUCUCUGACCGUGCUAUCUUUCCAUUCAUCUUUAGAAAAUUUGAAGAUUUAUAAAGAUUUUAAUAUACCCACGCACACAUAAUACCGCGUAAUAAAAAGUGAAAAAUUAGAAUCGGACACGUUAUUAAAAAAACGCGUAGGCGAAAUUUAUCGAAUACCUUAAAAAACAAUCAGGGCCGUGUGUGGGCGAAAUUUAAAGUGGGGUUGAAGGUCGCACGCACAUCCUGGAUGGUGGGGUCUAUCGCACCUUCAUCAUCUCUGCGAUCGCGGGUGAUUCGUUAGUCUUCCCUUCGCAUUUCCACCGAGCAUAAAGUUAUAGAAUAGUGGCAAAAUGCAUCACUCGCGAGCCGUAGCCUUGCUCGUGCUUCUAUUUGCCGUGAUGAUCAACGGCAGUCAAUAUAUUCAAUCACGAAUAGUUGCAUCUGGCGGUUGCGACAGCUACACGUGUGGAGUCAAUGCGAGAUGUACAAUGAGUGAAGGACGGCCGGUAUGCUCGUGCUUCAAUCUACAUAUGGGAGACCCGCUUGCGCGAUGCGUCCGGGUCGAAUGUUUGAUCAACGACGAUUGCCCAUACAAUAGAGUAUGCACAAACAACAGGUGUGUCGAUCCCUGCGUAGGAUUAUGUGGAGUAAAUGCGAAUUGCGCGACCAGAAAUCACAUAGGUACCUGCCAGUGCCUACCAGGACACAACGGUGAUCCGUUUUCGGGUUGUCAAGUUGCCGAUCCCCAAGCCGCUUGCAAACCGAGUCCGUGCGGAGAGAAUACACAGUGCGAGGUGAUCAACGAAGUGCCAGUCUGCACGUGUCUACCGGGUUACAGGGGUUCGCCUUUGGCUGGAUGUCGUCACGAGUGCGAAAGCGACAGCGAGUGCUCUCAACAUCUCGCGUGUUCGUCAUCCUUCAGGUGUGAGAGCCCCUGCAAAUGCGGAGAGAACGCGGAAUGCCAAGUUAUAAACCACCAAGCAAAAUGUACUUGCCCGAAAACAUGGGUGGGAAAUCCAUACGUCGCUUGUCGACCGGAGUGCACCGCCCACUCAGAGUGUUCGGCGGCCAAACCCGCCUGUCUGUAUCAAAAAUGCGUGAAUCCGUGCGACGGCGUUUGCGGAGUGAACGCCGAUUGCAAUCUACGCGGUAUUACACCCGUUUGUAGCUGCCCGAGGCACAUGACUGGCAAUCCUUUCGUUAGCUGCAGAUUAUUCGAACCGCGUGACCUCUGCGAGCCGAAUCCUUGUGGUACGAAUGCCAUUUGCACGCCGGGCCAUGAUAACACCGGAAAGGAGAGGCCGGUGUGCACGUGUCCCACCGGUUACAUCGGCAAUGCCCUGACGAGCUGUCAGCGUGGGGAAUGCUUCACUGACAGUGAUUGCCCCGAUAAUCGCGCGUGUAUCGACUUCACGUGCGGAAAUCCGUGUACUGGUCGCGAGUGCGGUCCGAACGCCACAUGUACGCCCCGACAUCAUAUCGCAGUUUGCACGUGUCCGCAGGGGACUAGAGGUGACGCUCUAUAUACCUGUAAUCCGAUCGAGAGUAAAUCGGUGUACGAUUACGGCCGCGCCUAUCGUUACCGUUACUACUAGUCACAAAACAGUACCACCAAUUUCAUUUUAAAAAUAUUCGACUCUCUUUCUCUCUUUAUUAAUUUACUCUAAUUUAUAUUUGCACGCAUGUUUUUUGCGAAAAACAUGGAAAAGUGAUCGCGUCUCUAUUCGCAAGUCGUAAUAAACGGUGGUAACAGAGCAAUCUAUUUUUAUAACAUACUACGCUAUUUUUUCUAUUUGUGUUCAUCAUAGAUCUCUCAUAUAAAGUGUUCUAUAUAUAUUUUUCUUUUUCUACAACUGUAGCUGGUCGCAAACUUAGUUUAAAUUUUUAAUAUAAAAGUAAAUGCACCGCAUACCGCGCGCGCGAUUUAUAUUAUAUAAUCUCAAUAUCUUACUCAGUAUAUCAAAAUAAAUUUUUUUCUAUUUGCCCUUAUUCUUCUGUUCUUGUAUUUUUACGUCAAUAGAUAUAAUAUUGUAUAUCGUAUGUAUCUAUAUAGUACACGCAAACUUUUAUAAUCACGUAAUACGAAAAGUAUUUGUGCAAUGCUAUAAUAUCCUUGUAAAAAAAGAUCCAAAUUAGAUUACAUUUCUAAACAAUAAUUUUUAUUUUAGAGAUUUUAACUUUAUGUACACAUUUAAUAAAUAUGGAAUCCACAAGCUAAUGGUUAUAAAAUUAGCGGAGAAAUUUAGGGCAAAUGG